AUGACUAAUCCAGAAGAAGACCCAGAAUCUUCCAGCGAUGAUGAAUAUGGACCAGUGCCUAUUCCAGAACCGAAAAAGAAGAAAAAGGUCGAAUUUGAUGAUUCCUUUUAUUUAAACCAUUUCCCUUUUGCAAAUUUUUAUAGCAGAAGCUAUACACAUAGAACAUUUGUAAAGCACGUCGUCGCAAGCCAAACAACGCGUUACAUAGCAACAGGGAGCGAUGAUGGAUGUAUUAAGUUCUGGUACUAUGAUACAGAUGGAGUACAGUUUGUAAAACAUUUAACCGCACAUACAAGCUCAAUAAUCCAGAUGAGAUCGUCACUUGAUGGUCUGCAUUUAGGUUGUAUUUCGUACGAUAAAACAUACAAACAUAUCGACUUCCAGUCAUUUGACCUGGUAAACAUUAUAAAACUUGAAUUUGUGCCAAUUUCAUUGGAGUUCAUAACAUCGGAAACCUCACCACACCCAGUUGUAGCAUUAUUAAAUUCAAAACAAGAAGUACACAUUUUUAAACCAACACUUCAGUCGACAGAAGUCCAAAAAUUUGAAAUCGGAACAAAAAGCCCACACAUCAUGCUAUAUAACCCAAAAGCAGGAGUUUGUUUGAUGGCGAACAGUUUAGGAGAUGUAGAUUUGUACGAAGUGGAAACCUUUAAGUUUCCCAAAUAUAAAGAAGAAUUCAAAGUGAGAAUGAAAAGUGAUACAGAUUUGUAUGAAAUAAGAAAGUAUAAUACACAUGUUGUUUCGAUGUGUUUAUCACCAAAUUUCAACUUAGUAGCAAUGUAUUGCCAUGACGGCAUGAUAAGAAUAUUCCGAUUCUCAACAAUGAAGCUUUUCAGAGUUUAUGACGAGACAGUAACAAUGUAUUCGGUGGCGCAAACAGAUCCAAAUCAGUCGAUUUUGCAUUUUGAUCCCUCAGAUUUCCUGAGAAGACAAGCAAACGAGAAUGAAAUUAAAAAAACGGGAAAAGAUGAAGGAGAGUAUAUGAAUUUGUUAUUCGACUCGUCCUCAAAUUAUCUAAUAUACCCAUGUAUGCUAGGAGUAAAGAUAGUAAACAUAGUAACAAAUAAGUUGGUGAGAGUGAUCGGUAAAUCAGAACCAUCAUUAAGGUAUAUGAAAAUAUCGCUAUUACAACAUGUAUUGGAUAAGGUAUGUUCGAAAUCAAAAAGAUACAAGGUGUCAAUUGACUCAAAUGAAGAUGUGUUGCCGCCAGUAUUGAUAACCACAGCAUUUCAAAAGUCAAAGAUAUAUAUAUUUAAGGAUAAAGAUCCAGACGACGAAGAAAUGGAAACAAGAGAUGUAUAUAGUGACCAACCGACUGAAGCAGAAAAAGGUGAAAAAACAGUUGUUGAUAAGGGAGGAAAGCUGGCAAAGGAGGCAAUAAUUCACACAAAUAAAGGGGACAUCCAAGUAAAGCUGUUCCUGGACGAGUGCAAGAAGACGGUGGAGAACUUCACAGUGCACGCACUAAACGGAUAUUAUAACGGGUGCACAUUCCAUAGAGUUAUCAAAAAUUUUAUGAUCCAAGGCGGAGAUCCAACAGGAGAUGGAACAGGAGGAGAGUCGAUUUGGGGGAGUGAGUUUGAAGAUGAAAUACACCCGUCACUAAAGCACGACCGACCAUUUACACUGUCAAUGGCAAACUCAGGACCGAAUACUAACGGAUCCCAGUUUUUCAUAACCACAGUCCCGUGUCCUUGGUUAGAUGGAAAGCAUACAGUAUUCGGAAGAGUGACUAGCGGAAUGGAAAUAGUACAAUCAAUAGAAAAGGUAGGAAUAAAUAAAAUAACAUUUAAUUUUAUACAUAAAGAUCAACCUCACACAAAUAUAGGUUCCUACUAA